UGAUAAGACUUCUCCCAGGACGACUGUGUUCUGAAUGUUAAAACAUACUUUUCUAGGAACCCGUACCACCGAGACCUGAUAUCAGAAAUAACCAGGUGUGUGUGUGAGCUGAUGUGGACGUGAAUUCAGCAGAAUGGACCAGUGUGAGGACGGAGAGGAGGGAGUCCCUCCCUCUAAAACCUCUCUGUGUGGGGAACAUGAGAGUCGGAGCAAAGCUCAGAGGAAUCAACCUGGACCUGGACCUGGACCUGGACCAGGACCUGGACCUGGACCCAGCUGUGUUUCCUUGAAGAGUGACCGGUCAACUCAUAGAUAUGUUAACUUUAAAGGAGACCAACGUUCUUCUUCAGAGAGGAAUCAACCUGGACCUGGACCUGGACCUGGACCUGGACCUGGACCUGGACCUGGACCUGGACCUGGACCUGGACCUGGACCUGAAUCCGGACCUGGACCCGAACCCAGACCUGUACCCAGCUGGGUGCCCUUGAAGAGCGACCGUUCAACUCAUAGAUAUAUUAACUUUAAAGGCAACCAAGGUUCUGCUGUAAAUAGGGUCCAUCAGAAAAGAGACUCUCUUGAACUUGAACCCAGCUAUUUGUCCUUGAAGAGCGACCGGUCAACUCAUAGAUAUAUUAACUUUAAAGGAGACCAACAUUCUUCUUCAGAGAGAGUGGACCAGCAGAACUCAGAGCCUCCCAGCGGUCCGUCUGUCCAGCAGCAUCAGACACAGCUGGACUCCAUAUUUCUGUUGCUGGAGGACAACAUUGUCCUGUUUGUGAAGAACGAGCUGAAGAAGAUCCAGAGGGCUCUGAGUCCAGAUUACCCAGAAUCCCUAGAGCAUCUGUUGCAGGGUGAGGAUGAAGAGCAGAAGAAGAGCAGCAGAGAGGCGUUUGUGAAGAUCACAGUGAACGUCCUGAGGAGAAUGAAGCAGGAGGAGCUGGCUGAGCGUCUGCAGAGAAGUACUUUUGCUGCAGUUUGUAAAAAGCGGCUGAAGUCUAAGCUGAAGAAGAAGUCCCGGUGUGUGUUUGAGGGGAUUGUUAAAGCAGGAAACCCAACCCUUCUGAAGCAGAUCUACACAGAGCUCUACAUCACAGAGGGAGGGACUGGAGACGUCAACAAUGAACAUGAAGUCAGACAGAUUGAAGCAGCAUCCAGGAAUCCAGACAGAGCAGAGACAACCAUCAGACAGGAAGACAUCUUUAAACUCCCACCUGGAAGAGAUGAACCAAUCAGAACAGUGAUGACGAAGGGAGUGGCCGGCAUCGGGAAAACAGUCCUAACACAGAAGUUCACUCUGGACUGGGCUGAAGGCAAAGCCAACCAGGACAUCCAGUUACUGCUUCCAUUCACCUUCAGAGAGCUGAAUGUGCUGAAAGAGAGAAAGUUCAGCUUGGUGGAACUUGUUCAUCACUUCUUCACUGAAACCAGAGAAAUCUGCAGCUUUGAAGAGUUCCAGGUCGUGUUCAUCUUUGACGGUCUGGAUGAGAGUCGACUUCCUCUGGACUUCCACAACAAUGAGGUCCUGACUGAUGUUACAGAGUCCACCUCAGUGGAUGUGCUGCUGACAAACCUCAUCAGGGGGAACCUGCUUCCUUCUGCUCAUCUCUGGAUCACCACACGACCUGCAGCAGCCAAUCAGAUCCCUCCUGAGUGUGUCUCCAUGGUGACGGAGGUCAGAGGGUUCACUAACCCACAGAAGGAGGAAUACUUCAAGAAGAGGUUCAGAGAAGAGGAACAGACCAGCAGGAUCAUCUCCCACAUCAAGACAUCACGAAGCGUCCACAUCAUGUGCCACAUCCCAGUCUUCUGCUGGAUCACUGCUACGGUCCUGGAGAAAGUCCUGGAAACCAGAGAGGGAGGGGAGCUGCCCAAGACCCUGACUGAGAUGUACAUCCACUUCCUGGUGGUCCAGGCCAAGCUGAAGAAGGUCAAGUAUGAUGGAGGAGCUGAGACGGAUCCACACUGGAGUCCAGAGAGCAGGAAGAUGGUGGAGUCUCUGGGAAAACUAGCUUUUGAGCAGCUGCAGAAAGGAAACCUGAUCUUCUAUGAACCAGACCUGAGAGAGUGUGGCAUCGAUGUCAGAGAGGCUUCAGUGUACUCAGGAGUGUUCACACAGAUCUUUAGAGAGGAAAGCAGCCUGUACCAGGACCAGGUCUUCUGCUUCAUCCAUCUGAGUGUUCAGGAGUUUCUGGCUGCUCUUCAUGUCCAUCAGACCUUCAUCAAGUCUGGAGUCAACCUGCUGGAGGAACAAAAAGACACAGAGACUCAGCUCUAUCAAAGUGCUGUGGACAAGGCCUUACAGAGUCCAAACGGACACCUGGACUUGUUCCUCCGCUUCCUCCUGGGUCUUUCACUGGAGACCAAUCAGACUCUCCUACGAGGUCUGCUGGAACCGGAACAAAGAAGUUCACAGAACAAUCAGGAAACAGUUGAAUACAUCAAGAAGAAGAUCAGUAAAGAUCUGUCUGCAGAGAAAAGCAUCAACUUGUUCCACUGUCUGAAUGAACUGAACGCUGGUUCUCUGGUGGAGGAGGUCCAACGGUCCCUGAGGUCAGGACUUCUCUCCACAGAUAAACUGUCUCCUGCUCAGUGGUCGGCUCUGGUCUUCAUCUUACUGUCAUCAGAAGAAGAUCUGGAGGUGUUUGACCUGAAGAAAUAUUCAGCUUCAGAGGAGGUUCUACUGAGGCUGCUGCCGGUGGUCAAAGCCUCCAAGAAAGUUGUGUUGAGUGUCUGUAACCUCUCAGGGAACAUCUGUGCAGAUCUGACCUCAGUUCUCAGCUCUCAGUCCUCCAGUCUGACAGAACUGGACUUGAGUAACAACGACCUGCAGGAUUCAGGACUGAAGAAGCUGUGUCCUGGACUGGAGAGUCCACACUGUCACCUGGAGUCUCUCAGGUUGAGUGGUUGUAACCUCUCAAAGAACAUCUGUGCAGAUCUGUCCUCAGUUCUCAGCUCUCAGUCCUCCAGUCUGACAGAACUGGACCUGAGUAACAACCACCUGCAGGAUUCAGGACUGAAGAAGCUGUGUCCUGGACUGGAGAGUCCACACUGUCACCUGGAGUCUCUCAGGUUGAGUUACUGUAAUCUCUCAGAGAACAUCUGUGCAGAUCUGUCCUCAUUUCUCAGCUCUCAGUCCUCCAGUCUGACAGAACUGGACCUGAGUAACAACCACCUGCAGGAUUCAGGACUGAAGAAGCUGUGUCCUGGACUGGAGAGUCCACACUGUCACCUGGAGUCUCUCAGGUUGAGUGUCUGUAACCUCUCAGAGAACAUCUGUGCAGAUCUGUCCUCAGUUCUCAGCUCUCAGUCCUCCAGUCUGACAGAACUGGACCUGAGUAACAACGACCUGCAGGAUUCAGGACUGAAGAAGCUGUGUCCUGGACUGGAGAGUCCACACUGUCACCUGGAGUCUCUCAGGCUGUCAGGCUGUGUGAUCUCAGAGGAAGGCUGUGCUUCUCUGGUCUCAGCUCUGAGCUCCAACCCCUCCCACCUGAGAGAGUUGGACCUGAGUUACAACCAUCCAGGAGAGUCAGUGAAGCUUUUGUCUGCUGGACUGGAGGAUCCCCGCUGGAGACUGGACUAUCUCAGGGUGGAGCCUGCUGGACAACGAUGGAUGACACCAGGUCUGAGGAAGUAUUCCUGUCAACUCACCAUCGACCCAAAAACAGUCUACAAACGCAUCAAACUGUCUGACAACAACAGGAAGAUGACGUAUGUGAAGGAGGAUCAGUCAUAUCCUGAUCAUGCAGACAGGUUUGAUAUCUGGUGUCAGCUGCUGUUUAGAGAAGUUCUUACGGGUCGCUGUUACUGGGAGGUCCAGAGGAGAGGAAAAGUUUCUGUAUCAGUGAGUUACAGAAGAAUCAGCAGGAAAGGAAACUCUAAAGACUGUUGCUUUGGAAUGAACGAUCAUUCCUGGAGUCUGUCAUGUUCUGAUGAUGGUCGGUACUGUGUCUGGCACAAUACCAGAGUAACACGUUGCUCCUCCUCUUCCUCAGUCUCUGACAGAGUAGCAGUCUAUGUGGACGUUCCUGCUGGAACUCUGUCCUUCUACAGCAUCUCCUCUGACAGACUGAUCCACAUCCACACCUUCAACACCACAUUCACUGAACCUCUUUAUCCUGGGUUGUGGUUCAGGUCCAAUCCGGGUUCUUCAGUGUCUCUGUGUUGAGUUCAGUCUCAAGAGUCUCCUCCUGUCAGAGAAACUGUCUCUGUUGGACAGAUAGUUGAGUUUGUACAUGUCUGUCUCUGUUUCCAUCAGAACACCUGAAUCACAUGUUGCUGAAACGUCUUCCUCUUCCAGUCCUUUAAAGGUGGAAGCUGCUGUUAUUCCAGGAUCCACAUGUUGUUCUUCUGUCUGUUUCCAGUCAGAGCUUCACAGUGAACAGCAGCAUGUUGUUUCUCUGCAGCUCAGUUCAGCUGAGAUCAUUCACUUCAUGUCAGCUGCAGUUAGUUUGCUGCACAUGUGACCAACUGUGAUGUCAGAGAGGAAUCACUGAGCUGCAAUCAGCCGAGAUGAAGUUACAACCUGCUGACAGAUCUGACAACAAGGUUGCUGUGCAGCCAGGGUUCAUCCUGGUCUUUAUUCUCACCCACUUCCUGUUCCAGCCAUGACAUCACUACUGGACUGUCAGGUUUCUUUCAUGGUAAAGGGUUUGUUUAUGUGUGAGCUCUCACCAAGAUGAAUAAGAUGAUCCAUCCAUCAUCUAGAACUGCUUCUUCAUGUUCAGGUUCCCGGGCGUCGGCCUUGUUGAUUUUACACUGUACUAAGAAGGGCUACUUUUUGAAUAAAGUUCCCCUUUGAUGACAAUAUUUGAUAUUCACUCAUUAAAAGCGCUGCCUCAACAUUUCCUCACAAUAAUUAUCAAAUUGAUUUAUCAUGCUAGGAAACAUAUUUCAACACAAAACAUUUUUCAUUCUUAAUUCAUUUAGUUUGUUCCAAUUUUCAAAUGAUUGCUUAUGUAACAUUUUAGUAGCAAAUCAUGAACAUCUUCAAAUCAAGUCCCAUUUAUAUGAAAUUAAGCAGCAUAAUACUUGUAGCAAAUCAUGAAGUCCCACAUCUGUAGAUAUCUGGUUUAAAUAUAAUCAGAUAUUCAAAAUCCCCACAUUUGUACUAAUAAUCAAAUAUGUAGCACUGGUCUGAAGGUUUGCCUGACAGAGUGGUUGAUUUAAGAACAUCCAUAUGCGUUAUAUUUUAUAAUUCUGCUGGUGAGUAUUUCCAGCAGUGUUAUUUACUUCACUAAUCGUUGAAAAGUAAUUAGAUAUGUUAUCUGAAUGUCACUGAUUGUUUUCUUUGUUGCCAGUUAAAUGUGAUAUUAUCUCAUGUAUAUAAUGUUCAUGCUUAUAAAAUUAUUAUUUGGAUUGUGUGCUAUGGUUAAACAUAUGUUUGUUGCUGUUUAUUGAUUUCUAUUAUUCUAUGGUUUAUUCCAGAACCACACACACACACACACACACACACACACACACCAUAACUGUAAGUGCUCUCUCUAAACUGGAUUAAAGCACUGUAAAGGAAA